AGAGAGAGAGAAUUGAUAUAAUGGUCAGCUCAUGCACUCCUUCACUGCAAUAUGCUCUGUGUUCUAUGAGUCUGAUAUUGGUAAUCUUUAUACUUCCCUGAACAAGAUUCCUUUGCGUCUGCGUGGAAGUGAAGAAGAAGAAUAUUAAUUUAACGAGAUCGAAUCUGUGGUUUCACUGGUCUUUUAAUAACGAAUAGUCAGUAGUAAUUUCAGAAGCCCUUCUUUUCUCCGUUUAUUUCUUAACGUUAAAACACCAACAGGAACAGUCAGUCCACUUUAGAAACCUAUAUUUUACUGCUUUACACACAGCGUCUCGUAAAAAUCCUAACUGCCGUUCACUGUGUGUUAUAAACAAUAACAGGAUGUGGUUUUAUAGCGCUUUAUAGUUUCUUAAUCUCUUUCCUACAGUUCUCAAAUGACUCUUACUUGUUCCAGUGUCCAUCCUGGCACCAGAUUAAAAGCUUUAUUAAUAAUAGGAAAACGGAUCAUUAAAAUCUUAAAUACGAAGACACCAUCUUUCCCUGCGAACAAAUGUUUAUUUUGAGGGUUUUUGGGGGGAUAUAAUUGGGAUAGACAGCAAUAGGACAAGCGGUACAAUGCAAUAACUUGGACGAAAUAUAGCAAUUACACCCGAAGUUGAUGGUAAUUAGAUUUCAGUUUUGCUACUGUACUUUCACGUCUUGUUGAUGUAACUCUGACCUUUAAAAGAGAAGCAUUUCUCAUUAAAUGCUCUACAAAUUAACAUCUGACUGUCUAUCCUUUAUAUACACAGCAUGGAUACUUCCCCAAAUCAAUCUUUUGGUGGCGUAUGUAUUUCAUCUGUUGUAAAGCGGCUGAUAUCCCAGUAAUGAACAUGGUUGAAUAUAUUAAUCCGCAUAUUCCCCCCUCUCUAUCUUUCUUUCAUUCCCUCUCUCUCUCACCAUUCCUCUUUCACGAGGUGCGGUGUCCGUACGGAGUAAGCGAAGCCAAUAGGACGUGGUUGAGGUAAUAAAUGCAAAUUAUCACGAAAAGAGACUGCAAAAUAUGAAACAACUCAUUUGGGCUGAAGUAAAUCACAGAAAACUGUUUAUGAGGUGCACCUCUCCACAAUGAUGUGAUCCAAGAACAUUGUAUAUGGCAAUCAAUAGGAUGAAGGCGUAAUUUUAACAUUUGUUUUUGUUUGUUCGCCUCAUAGACUGUGCACUAAAGCACUAAGUUGCUUCCUUUGUACAGAGACACUUUUAAUUCUUCCCAAUGAGCUCGUACUUUGUGAAUUCGCUGUUUUCUAAGUAUAAAAGUGGGGAGACUUUGCGCCCCAGUUAUUAUGACUGUGGCUUCACUUCGGAUCUCAGCGGCAGACCCACCGUGGUUUAUGGACCCGGCACCGGGGGAAGCUUCCAGCAUCCAAGCCAGAUUCAGGAGUUUUACCACCAUGGAGCAUCUUCCCUCUCCACCUCCGCGUAUCAACAAAAUCCAUGUGCCGUGACGUGUCACGGGGAUCCCGGCAAUUUCUACGGCUACGAUGCUUUGCAGAGACAGCCAAUUUUCGCCGCCCAACAAGAGACCGACCUGAUCCAAUAUUCCGAUUGCAAAUCAACCGCCAACAGCUUAGGAGAAGAGGCAGAGCAUUCAGAGCAGAGUUCCUCUCCAACGCAGCUCUUUCCCUGGAUGAGACCGCAAGCUGGAGGAAGGCGGAGAGGCAGACAGACCUACAGCCGCUAUCAGACACUAGAACUUGAAAAGGAAUUUUUGUUCAAUCCCUACCUGACCCGCAAAAGACGGAUCGAAGUAUCACACGCCCUGGGACUGACCGAGAGGCAAGUCAAAAUUUGGUUCCAGAACCGACGAAUGAAAUGGAAGAAAGAGAACAACAAAGACAAGUUUCCAAGCAGCAAGUCUGAAUCAGAAGAGACUCCGAAGGAGAAGGAGGGUAAAGAAGAACCAGAGGAAGAAAAAGAUUAAUAAACUAAUAACUCAAAACAUUUAACAAAAGUGGUGAUAAAUAGAAUGAUGUAGACAGAUUUUAAAAAGAGAAAUCCGAACAAAUUUUAUUGAUUGCCGUUUGAUACUAAAUAUUGUACGAAAAUGUAUUGAGGUGUAGAGUAAAUGAACAUUUCAACUUUUUACCAGGUGUAAACAUUGCGUAGUGUAACAUGCUAUUUGUUUUAAGUGGGUUCUUGUAACAUCGUUUAAUGUGAAGUUUUUGGGAAGCGUGCGCUAGUGUGUGUUGAUGCUUUGACUGCUCUAGAAUAUUCAAGCCAAGUGUGCACUAUUUCAGCUAAUAAUCAUUAGCUUAAAAGAGAAUAAAACAACCCAACAACAUGAAGCUGCCUAUUUAGAUUUUCUAGAUUGUGUUAUUGUUUACGUCUGUACUGUAUUUAUAAGAAUGUUUCCAGUUGGGAUGUGCAAAGUGGAGAUAGGUUUUUUAAGGAAAAAAGUGAUCCUUAAAAUUUUAACUGUGAGAAAAGUCUACUGUACACGUUACUUGCUUUUAUGGGGAGGGCCGGUGCUGCAUUAUUGUUAUACAUAAGGUCGGUCUGUUGUUUGAACGUGCAAGCGGCGGAAAAGGACACAAUAAACUUUACAAGCGAAAACGUAA